AUAAGGAGGGCAGCAGGCACUGCCCAUCUGCACAAUGUCGACCGCCGCGGCUAACUGGUGCUACGCAACCGUCGCGCCCCGUGCCCGCUCCUCCACCAUCGUCGCCAGCCUCGGCACCCCCGCGCCCUCCAACUCCUCCUCCUUCCGCCCCAAGCUCAUCAGGAACACCCCCGUCCAGGCCGCGCCCGUCGCACCCGCAUUGUAAUCCAUCCAUCCAUCCGGUCCGGGGGAGAGGAGAGAAAAACCAAAAGAGUAGAGUCGCGAACGCGAGCGCGAUAGUUGAAGAUGAGCGGCUGCCUGUGCCUCCCCUGCUGCUAUAAGAAGCCCUCCGCCCCCGGUGGGGAGAACACCCCAGCAGCAGCGGCAGCGAUAGAUUCUUCCUCCUCGUCACUCCUCCAGAAGCCUACCUACCAUCCACCACCUCCUCCACCCUCCAACAAGAUGGACGCCGCCGUGGAGCGCCUCAAGACCGGGUUCGAGAAGUUCAAGACCGAGGUCUACGACAAGAAGCCCGAUUUCUUCGAGCCCCUCAAGGCCGGCCAGGCGCCCAAGUACAUGGUGUUCGCGUGCGCUGACUCCCGUGUGUGCCCCUCGGUCACCCUGGGCCUGGAGCCCGGCGAGGCCUUCACCAUCCGCAACAUCGCCAACAUGGUCCCGUCCUACUGCAAGGUCUCGCCCCGUUUCCUUUUUCCUCUCUUUUUUUUUCCUUUUUCUUUUCCCCGAGGUGCAUUAUUGACGAUAUUUUUUUGUCAACUACAGAACAAGUACGCUGGUGUUGGAUCGGGCAUCGAAUACGCCGUCUGUGCUCUCAAGGUUGAGGUCAUCGUGGUGAUUGGCCACAGCCGCUGCGGUGGAAUCAAGGCUCUCCUCUCACUCAAGGAUGGCGCAGACGACUCCUUCCACUUCGUCGAGGACUGGGUCAGGAUCGGCUUCCCGGCCAAGAAGAAGGUGCAGACUGAGUGCGCCUCAAUGCCUUUCGAUGACCAGUGCACCGUCCUCGAAAAGGAGGCCGUGAACGUGUCCCUCCAGAACCUCUUGACCUACCCGUUCGUCAAGGAGGGUGUGUCCAACGGAACCCUCAAGCUCGUUGGCGGCCACUACGACUUCGUCUCCGGCAAGUUCGAGACAUGGGAGCAGUAAAUCUUCCCCACCGGUUAACUCCUAUAUAUACAUGCGAAUACAAACGCGUACAUAUAUCAAGAUAUCGUCCGACCGUCCGACCGACCGAUGUGAAUCCAAUGCCAUGGAGUGCGUACUCGUUAUUUUCCAGUACUGGAUGCCGGGAUGGCCCGAUGUGAAUUCGCCAUAAGCAAUAGAACCUUUUUUCUUUUACCAUUUUCUGACGAGGAAUUGUACUACCAUGUGAUGCAUAAUUUGAUCGUCCUGUGAUCAAAAGACAUCAUAUAUAAGUUUAAUAAUAUUUUCAUGAACAGUUUACCCUUUUA